AUGCCUUACCCGGUCCGGGUGCAUACGUCGACGUCGAACGCCAGCCUGGCCGACGAAUAUCACGCCGUCAAACAGCUGACCCUCGGAUUUUCCGUCGAUUACCAAAAGUCGAACAGCAGUCUGCGCCGAAUUUCAUCGGCCAUAAAGCACCAGAGCUCAAAGGCGUCAGACAUCUGUCAAGCGGUGGAUGAGUUGGAGUUGGAAACGUUACAGCAUUCGUCGAAAAACGACAAAGCGAACGAAAUCCGCUCGAAAAAUCUGGACGAGAUCCAUGCUGUUCUUGAGUAUACUGCCGAACACGAAGCACUAAUGGCCUUCUAUUACCUGGACGAAAAGAACCAAGUGAAAAUUACUGAAAUCUACGAUGCCGACGACGAACAGGGCGAAAAGCUGUUCGCUUGA